AAACCUUCAUGCAGUUAUUAUCUAUGCUUCCAUCUUACUUACCUCUCUCUAUAACACCUCUCUCUCUUCCUCUAUGCGUCCAUGGUUGACACUUCAGAUACACAAUACAUAGACCGAACCAAGACUGCUAAUCAGUCACGCAAUGGCAAAGCUACACCCGAUGCCUCGGACAAGCCGAUAAAGCUUGGAGACUUCAGCAAGCUGUUUUCCGAGUUCCUACAUCCCGCUCAGCACAGAACAGACUCUGCUUCCGACAUUUCGGAGAAGAGCAGUUACAAUGAAGACGAAAGCUCUCCGCCAGGCCUGAUUACCCCUCAGGCCAGCAGGCUACCUUCAACAGCCUUGGAACGUGCCUCUGAGCAAUCGCUUCACGAUAGUACUAGCCGGACGAUCCGUACCCAAGAGGCCUCUGCCCAACGACCGCAACCCAACAUUGUCAGAUACAAUCUCCGACGUGACGUACAGUCCAUCUUUGCAAACGGCCACAGCACCAGCGUUCUUUCAUCUUCCGAGCUAGCGUCAUCAUCAUCGUCAACAUCGUCAUCGUCAUUUUCUGCAGCUUCGACGGCUGUAGAUCAUGGCACAUCAUACCAAGCCUCUCUCUGCGGCAGGGGACAUCGGGUUGUCGAACAGUCUUUUCUCCUGGCAAGCUCGCAUUCUGAGUGCUCGGAGUGCUUGGUUCAAUCCAAAAUAGAUAAAAUCUCGAGUCGCGUGAGCGGAGAGCCAUUUCUGAUUGAAGAGAAGCAUCGGGCGCUCAUGAUGGGCCUCGUCCCUUACCGCGCCCGAGACGCUGCGAUGGCAGAAAAAUACCCCGACAUCACGUCCCAGGGCAUACAUGUUUUCGUCGACAUGUCCAAUAUCGAUAUUGGGUACCAGACUACGUUAAAAGAGAGUCGGUCCAUUCACAAAAGCUCCCGUCUCUCACCUAUGCCUCACCUAAACCUAGAGCUUCUGACCAAAAUCCUGAUUCGAGAUCGGCCAGUGACAGCCCUUAAUGUGUGCUGCUCUACCCUUCCAGGACGUUCAGAGCCUCGAUAUGUGCAGCAGCUGCGGGAGUUGGGGUACCACAUUGAUCUAAGAGAACGCAAAAGGGUCAACGACGGGCUUUUCUCAGCAAAGGCGCCCGAGACCCUUCGUUAUGUCGAAGAUCUUGUGGACGAGACGCUGCAGGUUCGCAUUGCCGAAUCUGUGAUGGAGCAUUUUCAUAAACCCGGCACAAUAGUCUUGGCUACCGGAGAUGCGAAGCCGGCUGUACACUCGGAUGGGUUCUUCUCAUAUAUGCAGCGUGCACUACGGAUGGGUUGGAAUGUUGAAGUCAUCUCUUGGAAGAGCAGCCUCUCCCUGAGGUGGACUGAUAGACAAUGGGCAUCUCAAUGGAAUGGCAAGUUUCGUGUUACCGAACUAGAUGAAUUCUUGGAGAUAUUAAAGUAGUUCAUAUACACAAAAGAUAGUAGAACAUCAUGAUCGAUGACUGUUCAUGAUUCGCAGUGCGUGAAUUCGCAUGUGAUAUAUAUUUUUAUUUAUA